AUGGGAGACUUCUCCUUUUCUCUGUCUCUAGCCAGAGCCUUUGGUUCAGCAACAAACCUCACUGCCACCACUCUCGAUACUCAAGGGGAGCUAGAGCGCAAGUUCAAGAAUGGGAAGGCGAACGUAGAAGAGUUGGAGAGACUUGGCUGCAGUGUGGUCUAUGGAGUUAACGUGCACUCCAUGACCACAAAGCCUAGCCUUGGUGGUUCCGCGAUAUACGAUCGAGUCAUCUUCAAUUUUCCUCACGCAGGAUUCGACUAUGGUCGUGAGCACGAAAUCAAAUUAAUCAUGAGACACCAAGAACUUGUGAGAGGGUUUAUGAAGAGUGCAAGAGUGUUGGUGAAAGACGAGGACAAGGGAGGAGAGAUUCAUGUGAUUCAUAAGACUGAAUAUCCAUUUAGUGAGUGGAAGCUAAUGUCCCUGGGUCAUAAAGAAGGCUUAGAUUUGAUCAGUGAGACGGAGUUUUGCUUAAAUCAUUAUCCUGGUUAUUCCAACAAGAGAGGAAGUGGAGGUUACAGUGACUCUACCUUCCCUGUUGGAAAAUCAUCUACUUUCAUGUUUAAAAAACAGUUCUUGUAUUAA